GAGCCGGAGGUGUUGAUGGAUGCCAGGCCCGCGAUCGUUUCCCACUUCUCUAGGACCGGCAGCCUGGGUAGCCCUGAUUGGCUGCCGCCGCUCCUUAUUUCCCUCGCGGCCGCCGUAGCCCCUCCCACAGCGGCCAUGUGCGAGGCGGCGCGCGAGGGUCCGGCAGACGCCGUGCGGCGCUUCUUGCGGGAGCAUCCCGCGCUGCGCCUCCUGCCCGCGGGGGACAAAGUCCGCUGCGCCCUGACCGGCCACGAGCUGCCCUGCCGGCUGCCGGAGCUCCAGGCCUACACGAAUGGCAAGAAGUACUCUCGGCUGGUCCGGGCGGCCGGGGCGCUGGACUACGGCGAGUACGGGCCGCACAUCGUGCCCAGCACCAAAAGCCCCGCGCAGCUCUUCUGCAAGCUCACCCUCCGCCACAUCAACAGGAUCCCGGCGCACGUCCUGCGCCACGUGCAAGGCCGGCGCUAUCAGAAGGCGCUGAGACGGUACGAAGAAUGCGAGAAGGAGGGCACGAAGUACGUCCCCGCCUGCUUGCUCCGGAAGCCCCGUGCCGCCCGGGAUGAUCCACCGGCAGGGAUCCACCGGCAGUCCGAUCGGAAGGGAUCCUGGGAGCACCCGUCCAGCAGCGAGAGCAGCGGAACGGACGACAGCAUGAGCGACUUGUACCCGCCUGAGCUUUUCCCGGAGAAAAAGCCAGCAGCCAAGGGAAGGGGCGGCGGCGGAGAGGUGGCAGAGCCAGCGGCGGAUAAAAGUGUCGCGGGGGGAAAGAGGGGGGAUCCCAUGGAGGUGGAUUUGCAAGCAGGCACCAAAAGGGCAAAGAGACAAGCAGGCCCCCGCAAGAAGAAGUUCAAAAGUUGAAAUCGGAGCUUUGGGAGAGACGUCGGUGGGAAGGAGACGUUUCUUGACACCACAAAACACCGAUUGUGUGCGGCCGGGGGCUGGGGAAAGAAGACUGGUUUCGUCUGGCCUAAUUUUGUAAAAAAAACCCCAAAAUGUAUAUAUGCAUGUCUAGUGGCUAGGGAUGAUGGGAACUGUAGUCCAGCCUUAGCUGGAGGCCCGAGGCUGUUGUAGAUAUUGUUCAUACCUUAAGGGUUAAAAAAUGAACCCCAGCUGGAAAACAGGCAUCUUCCCAUGUGUCCUGGUUAAGUGCAUUGGUUGAACAGUGUUCAGUGAAUUAGUUCAAAAAUCUUGGGUGAUUUCUAGUUCAUCGGACCAUCUGUCAGGUCACAACCUGAGGCCCAUGGCAUUAUUUCAGAAAUCCAACCCUUUGGGCCUUUUAAGUUUACAGAUUGCAAUUGUUGGGGGGAAAUAAACCAUUCAUAUUCCA